GGACGCAGCCCCGGCCCGGGGAGGGAACCGCCUUCCCCUGGGCCCGAGCCCAGUCGCCGCCGGAACUGCGGACGCGGGGUCGGGUUUCCGGCCGGACCCAGGAGGGGAAGGGGCGGGGCUGGGCUGCUGCGUGCGCGCCUGUUUCCGGUCUCGAGGCCGGCUCCAGUCCCAGCCCUGCCGCGCGCCUAGAGCCGGAUGCCGCCUGGAGGCGCCCCGGGAACAGAGUCCGGCUCCAGCGCGGGGUGAGCGCGUGAGGCCCAGGCCGGGCGCCCCGAAUCCUGGGGUGCGGCGUCAGCCAACGGCCCCGCCCCUCGCAGUCUUAUCACAGAAAAAGAAAACAGCAGAAAUGUUGCGCAGGCCGAUAAUACAGGUACUUCGUCAGUUUAUAAGGCAUGAGUCUGAUUCAGCCACCUCCUUGAUACUUGAAAGAUCCCUGAAUCGUAUCCAGUUACUCGGUCGAGUAGGACAGGACCCUGUUAUGAGGCAAGUGGAGGGAAAAAAUCCAGUUACAAUUUUUUCUCUUGCAACCAAUGAGAUGUGGCGAUCGGGGGAAAGUGAGGUGUUCCAGGCAGGUGAUAUCACCCAGAAGACAACGUGGCACAGGAUUUCUGUGUUUAGGCCAGGCCUGAGAGAUGUGGCAUAUCAGUAUGUGAAGAAGGGUGCUCGAAUCUAUGUGGAAGGGAAGAUAGACUAUGGUGAAUAUACAGAUAAAAACAAUGUGAGGCGGCAGGCCACAACAAUCAUAGCAGAUAACAUUAUUUUUCUGAGCGACCAUGUCAAAGAGAAGGUGUGAGAUGUUUAGUGCUUGGACCUAUGCUAUUCUUUUCAUUUUAUAGUAUUUCCUAAUUCUGAAAUCAUGCAUAUUGCUGUAUUUUCUGUAAACAAAUUAAAACACCCUUAUGUGAAUAAAGAACUGUGUUUUUUGGUCUUUCUCUUCAG